GCCACAGAAAAACAUUACCGCAAUACCAGCAAAAAAGUAAUCUGAGCGAGGAGCAGCCAUGCGCCGCGAGGGUCGGCAGCACGGGUGGGUGUGGGCGUACGACCGCGCCCUGGUCGACCCGGACGGGAAGCGCCGCGCGCGCGUGGCGGCGCCGGCGACGGUCGCCAACGGCGGCUUCGUCAGGGCGCCGCGAAAGCCCACCAACCACUCCAAGUUCACCGGCGGCCGCGCCUUCAGGGAGCUUAUCAGUGGCAAGGGCGUCGCCAGUGGCGGUGGAACACCGUCGACGACGGGAGGUAAAGGGAAGCACAAGUUCAAGCACGACGAGCUCAAGACGUACUAUCUCGAGCUCGAAGACGCCGAUGGUGAUGUCAACGGCCAUCGCUAUGACAUGGAUUGGUAGCGGGGCUGCGGGGCAAUAGAGGCUGGUGGUAUGCACCGCCUUGCUGCCAGGAAGAUGCCACCAUUGAGAGCAGAAUAUAUGAGAGCCCUAAUUAACAUUGGCGUGUGCUCUUUUGGUGUGAAUGCGUAAAAUCGUGUGUGUUUUCUUUUCUGGAAACCAGAAACGUGAAAUUGUGAUGUGCCGAUGUGAUAUUGUGUUUUGGUGUUCUGUUGAAUAAUAAUUCAAUCGAACUUUCUCGACGCAUAUGAGACAUGGACUACUUCAAAAAUGUUCUUUCUAAAACUCUAUACACCGGCUUCGAGAAGAUUGAUAUAUGGAGGCAGAAGAAGAUAAGCUAUUCAAUCCGUACGUAUGGCUGAGUGGUUGAUUGGAUUUAGGGAUUUUUUUUGUCACAUAUUAAUUAGAUGUGUUAAAUA